AUGUGGGGUCAAGUUAAACGCAAGUCUAAUAUUAUCCAACCAAAGAAAAUGAGAGUUGUUCCGCUAACGAAGUGGGAGCUGCCAAUCGAAGACUCAACGUCUUAUUGGGACCAAAUAAUCGGAAAUAUAGAGAGACAGGCUUCUAAAAGCAGUACCAGCAAUGACGUCACUGACGACGAAAGCUCUGGUCACUCUAGUGUCGAACCCGAAGCUACCAACGAACCGGUUUUCAAAAUAUCUCCACCCUCACCCACGAACGAGGAGACCAGGUUUACAAAUAAUUCGAAAGACACCUCGGAAGUUGCUAGGAAGUCUUCACAUAUUUUAUCUCCAGUUGAUAACAAAGCAGUCAAGCUUAUUUUUGACACCGACGAUGACCAUUACGAACCUGUCAAUUCAAAGCGUGAAACGGAGGAAAAUAUCACUGAACAAACUAUGCUCAGCAGUCAGAUCAGUAGUCGCGAUAAUCUAGAGCUAAGUUCAUUUUCGCUGACCAAACUAGCGCAGAUGACAAAAAUAUCAGAAUGUGUAAAUGAAUUUUUGAAAACUACUAGGGUUAAAGUCACCGCAAAAUCAAUUUCUAGGAACUCUGUUAUGCCUCUUCAAGGUACUUUAAGUUGCGACAGUGUCAAUGCUGUUCCUAUAUCGGCAGAAAGUCCUCAAUUUCUUGAAAGACGAAAAGACCAAUCAGAUAUUGACGAAUUCGUUGAAGAAAAAUCUGAUCAAAAGGAAAACAAAGGAAUUUUUGAAAAUGAAGAUUCAAAAAUUGACGAAGGAGGCUACGAAAUUAUUGACUUUGUCCAAAAACGAGUUUGUUUCUUCGACACCAAAGAUGACGAAGACAAUGUUGACAUUGAAUACCGCCGAACACCGCGACGAAGAGCUCCAAGUAUCGCAGUAGCAAGUUCAGUUCCCAGUUUUGGACGGAUCGUUUCGUCUUUUGAAUCGACAGAUUCCCUCGAAAACUUUCUGCUGAAUGCAAGCUCCACCGAUAAUAACAUCCCAUUGAUUCGGUUGGAAACGGAAAAAAAAGAAGAGAAGCUGAAAGUAAACUUUUUAAACAUUCCUGAUGUUAAAAAACCAACCGCGGGUUUUUAUCCGCGAGUUAAACACCAGGAUGAACCUGAAAGGAAAGUGGGAUUCAUGAAAGCGUAUGAAGCCAAGGGAGUGCGAUACUCGAGGAAAUUGGGACAAUGGCCGAAAAAAUCAAUCGUUCAUAUUCUGCGAGCGUUGAAAUUGAUGAAAACUCGUGAUAAGAAUAAAAGAAAGGCUGCAAUAGACCGAGGUAAAUUUUCAGGCGGUUUGAUUGUACAAGAGUCAUCUUGCUCGAGUGUUGAUCAUGAUCUGACUGAUCGGUCACUGGAUUCACGGUCUGAUGUUCCGCUGAGUGAUAAGUCUAGUUCGACGUCUUCAUGUUCGUACUCGAGUGUCAAGAAAAGAUUGAUCAAGAAUUCGUUUGCUUUCCAAGAAAAAACCUCGGAAGUUAUUGAAACUGUGAAUAAGACAGUGCAGCUUUAUAAUUCGGGGAUCGAUGAUCAUGAGCCAAUUAAUAAGAGUGAGAUCUGUCUGCAAAAAAUACCGAAGAUUGGAGGAAUGUACCCGCGAAGAAAGAGCGAUAAGUGUUUGGCAUGUCUGCACCUUUCAGUCACUAAAAAUCCAGCUUGUCUGGAUGAGUUAGCGAAUUUUAACGACCAAGUCAACAAACCAGCUUCCCCCACGUCUGAGGAGCUGAUAAUCGAUGAACUGAGUCAUAUCCUGCGAAAAGAUUUCUCGUUCUUUAGAGAUGAUUUUAAUUCAGAGCGAACUAGCAAUGUUGAGUGCUCGGAUAUUCAAUCGGAAUUAUUUGAGGAUAACAGAGCGGAUGACAAGCCGGAAAGUUUCAGAAUAAAUUUAUCAGUCUUGGAACCGAAGAACCGCGAACAAAUUGAGAACUGCUCGUCAUCAAAUUUAACGGAAUUCAAGAAACCGGAAUUAGUUAACGACAAGAAAAGCGUUGUGUCUUCAAAAUCUUACAUGUCAACACUGUCGUUAACCUCAGAUCGGUCAAAAACAACAUCCGACAUGGAGGACUCGGAUCAAGCAGCAGAUGAGGGUGGAAUGGAGGAAGGAAUUGGUGAAUCAAAAUCGGGAUUACUGGCGCCCUGCCAUGCGCCUUUGAAUCUUCGACCCAGUCUUGAGCCUCUGAAAGCACUUCGCAGUAAGAAAGCACGCUCGAUACAAUCCCGAAUGGCAUCGCUUGAAAAGUCAACAAACAUUGAGAGCGAUGAUAAAACCGAGGAAGAGGAUAUUCCGACAACCACUGCCAAAAUUAACGACAACAAUAAGACCGCCGAGGAUAAAACCGCUUACAAGGGAAAUGACAAUCAGGCGAACCAUGAUUUUGCUACAAUGGAGAAUAAUAAGUAUCUGGGGGCAGAUUACUGCGAAGAACCAGGAGAAUUUGCAGACGUGAUCGACAAAUUCAAAUCCAGAUUCAAAGAUGAAUUCUUCAGGCGGCUGGUGAUUAAUCAAAUCGAGGAAACCAUUUGCGGGUCGAAUUCUAGCUUAGAGAUUUCUGUUGAUGAGAUUUUCGAUAAGCUUAAUGUGUCUGAUGAAAUGUUAGAACACGAUCCCAGCGAUUCUUUCCGAGUCUUCACGCCAAUCAUUGCCGAUUCGGAGGUUCUUGAAAUUUUUUUGGAUCUGCUGCUAGAACGUACAGACAGAGGGCCCACUUUUGAGGAAAUAAUGAGUCAUCUGUCGAGUGUCUUUGCGAAACGGUUGGAAAAACAGGGUCGAAAGACUAGGGAGACUUUGAGGGCCGAAAAAGCGACGAAGCGUCUGCUGGCACUGCUCGUUAACUCAAAACAGUAUGUAGGUAAUCGUAGUAAAACUUUUGACAAUGACUUACCCUGUAAACAGCGAGCUCCCAUAAACUUCCGACAGUUGAGACGAGUCCUUCCCGUUCAGUCGUAUAACUUAAUAGCACCCAUCCUGGGAAUCCCAUCCUGGCACCCAAAGCACUGGACCUCAAUAAAGGACGCGCGUAAACUCAAGAUUGCCACGAAAACCUCGGCCAGCAAGGUUAAGAGCCAGCCUAGUGUCAGGUUUUCGCACCGCCAAGAAUCUGAAAUAGAAUUUGAUUUAGUGGUGAGUAGAGUAGAAAGAAUUGAAAAAUGUAAAGUUGCGGUGAUUUGGCGACCUCUGACGGAAAGCGACCUCGAAGGAUACGACCCCGACGCGACGCUCAAUAAACGCGCGGGAAAAGUUACCGACAGUAUCUGCGCUGAAUUUUGCCAAUGGCUGAGAAAUCUCGGAGGUUUUGAUACUACUGUUGAUGAACAAGUGCUCAAGGAUAUGUUUGAAACUGAUUUCACUGUAGAUAUCUCUAAGGUCAUGCAGAUGUCGCAAAAAGAAUUGCCUGUGGUACCAUCAGCCGUCGCGCAGAUUAGAAACUGCCCUGAAGCAGGGGAGCUGGAGAAAACGAGGUGGCAUUUGGUGGGUGACGCUAAAGCAGAGACCAGAAAAACUAGACUCGUAGGGUUUGGAUCUACAUUACCAAGACACUUGAAGUACGUACCGCCUAAUAAUAAAGUGGAAGUCAACUGGUUAGUUUGCGAACACAUUCCCCACGAUUUGGAGUCCAUGGAAACUGUCUGGAAGGGAAUCACUCACCUGGACAGCGUCAAAGGAUUCGUCAACUGGCUGAAUACCAAUUCAGAGGUGAAACCUCUGGAAAUUUUGGAAUCGGAAAUAAAUUUCAAGCUCAAUUAA